GAAUAUGUGGUUCAAAUCAAAACUGUCGCGCACUCGACACGGACGCACCGGCUCCGGCAACGCACUCGGCUCGGGGUUAGUUCAGUUUGAAAAGGAAGCGAAGCUUCGAGCGCCGCACAAAAGCGCUUAUCAAGUGCCAACUUAUCCGCAGUGUUUAGAUCGCAAUUGAAACUUGAAUAAAACACAAAGCAAAUCAUGCAAAUCAAUUAUAACAUUUAGUGCUGCAUAUCCCAAAAGAUCACUGAUCAGAAGUGUUGACAAACUUAACAUUGAUUGCUAACAGCAGUGUUGUUGAACGAGCUUAAGAGUUAACCCUUCCCGGGAUUACGGCUACAAAUCCGCAACUGUACAAAAGCACAUCUCUGCGCAUAGAGACACAGGGGAAACGGUCAGUGCACCGCAGUGGAGUCCCUGGACAACCCGGCAGCCGGCAAUCGGGCCACUCACCUGACGCAACCAGCUCCAGAGCCCCAGUGCACAGCCAUGACGAGCAUCUCGGCGCUGCUGCACCGCAAUCACAGCCACAGUCACAGCCACAACCACAGUCACAACCACAACAGCAAUGGCUACACGAGCAGUGGCAGCAGCAGUCACAGUCACCACAGCAGCAGCCUCUCACCGCCAACGACAAUCGGAGCGGCCACAACUCCGCCGCCACCACCGCCUCCAGCGGUGCCUAAACUACAGCAGCAGCAGUUGCAACAGCAGCAGCAACAACAGCCACAACAACAACAACACAGCUCCAACUCGAAUGGCAGUUCGCAUCAUGACCACAUUAAGCGACCAAUGAACGCGUUCAUGGUGUGGUCCCGGGGCCAGCGACGCAAAAUGGCGCAGGACAAUCCCAAAAUGCACAAUUCAGAGAUAUCGAAGCGUUUGGGUGCCGAAUGGAAGUUGCUCACCGAAUCACAGAAGCGUCCAUUCAUUGAUGAGGCCAAGCGUUUACGCGCGCUGCACAUGAAAGAGCACCCCGACUACAAGUAUCGGCCUCGACGCAAGCCCAAGACGCUCAACAAGUCCCCGGUGCCGGGUGGCAGUGGGGGCGGAGGCGCAGGCGGAGGCUCAGGCAACAACGCUGGACUGACGGUCGCUGGCCAGCUGGGCAAGGAGCCAGUCCAGCCGCAGCACUCGCCACAUGCACAGGGCCUGCCGCAUCAUCACCACCAUCCGCAUCAUCCACACCCGCAUCCCGCCCAUGCCCACGCCCACGCCCACCAUCACCAUGCGCAGCUGAGCGCAGUGGCUGCUGCCGCUGCCGCUGCCGCCGUCUCGCACUCCCAUUCGCAUUCGCCCACCUCGCUGGCCGCCAAGUAUGGCUUCGGGUCCCCGCUGGAGCUGUCGCUGCCGCGCGUGCCCGGCGGCUUCCCGGGGCUGGCGCACUAUCCGCUGGACCCAACACUGGCGCUGGACCUGCAGGCGCGUCUGCAGGCGAUGUACGCCGGCAGCAUCUAUCAUCCCUGGCGCUACUUGCCGCUGAUCAGCCCCGAUACUCCGCCCUCGCCGCCCAGCAGCAGCGGCACAGGCAUCUCCUCCUACGGCUGUGUCAAGUCAUCCAAGUCCUCGCCCGUCGCCGUCGUCCCAGCGCUGGCCACGACGCCGCCCAACAUUAUUUGACCGACUCCCCUGCGCUACGGCGCUGCCGCUGCGGAGCAUGCGGUCUAGACUUGGAGCAUUCGCAGCGACCCCUUGCACCCCGCCCCACCCCAACUGGUAGCAGCCUUCAGAGCUGCCCACUUACCUAUGUAGGACCCUAGUAUUAGCUGAAUCUUUGUGUGUUUCUGUUUUACGUUGCGUGUUUCUGUUUCCCCCUCCCUGAUUACGUCUACGACCAUUCCCUUUGGUUAUGUGGUACUUAGCUACAUAUGUAUAUAAACAACACACAAAUAUAUAUAAUAUCGGAUAUGCUAUCCAAAACGAAACACACCAAGAAAACCAAAGCAGAAUUUUGAGCGGAAACCGAAAUAAAUAAAAGUCAAAUUGUUCCUAUCAAACUGGCACUCGAGUAUAUUCUUGAAUAGAUGCAACUGACUUUGGGUAAGCCGAUGUAUACCGAUGUAUAUGCAAUCAAUCGAUUUUCAAUGAAGAGCCCAGGGAAUCAAUAGGUUGAACAAUUUUUAAGACAGCUUCAGUUCAGUUACCACAAACCCAAAUCUAUAAUUUAGACACAUAGUCUUAAUUGCUUCUAAGUUCUUAGUGCUUUAUCUAUAAAUAUAUAAUAUAUAUUGUUGGCCCGAUCUUGUGUAAUAUAUAUGCGUAUAUAUAAAAUCUAUAUUUUAAUGUGAUACAAAACGAAAGGCAAAUUGUAACUGUAAACGAAUAAAUGAUUUUUAAAUAGCUCA